AUGGACAUGGAUGAAAUCAUCGUCGACCCUUCGCAGCCACGUUUCGGCGUGCUGUCGGGUAACGAGCAGCCCCAGCCCGAGGUCCGCUUGACGGCCGCUGGCCUCCCCAGAAAGAAGCCCGGUCGCAAGCCCGGCUCGACGGUUAAGCCCAAGAACCCAGAUGAGCCGCCCAAAGUGCGCCGGCCCAGGAAACCUCGCGAUCCCAACGCGCCCCCGAUUCAGCGUAAGAGGAAAUCCGCGCCUGCCCAGGAUGCCGAUGCAGGGUCGGACUCAAAAUCUCUCGCGGCGGCAGCCUCGUCCGCGACGCCCCCAUCCCGACAGGCCAAGAUUACAGAUCUCGUCAGCAAUUUCGACUCACGACCGAGCUCUGCCCAGCCCGAACACACAGCACAAAAGGUCCCCAAACGAGAGGACAUUCCACGCUCCAUGCAAAGCAUCCUGAAUUCCGAUCCCGAGCCCGAAUCGAAGCCUCAAAGCGCGUCUUUGCCCACGCGUACCAGCGGACAAAGUUACGACCCCAUCCGUGGUAACUACGACCCCAUCAGAGAGAUCUUCGGCAGUGCCUCGUCCCCACGACCUCCUGCGCAGACUGUCGCGCGGCCAAGCGCAUCUCCGUCCAUCGCCAGCCUUGUCGAGCCCACACAUAACGUAGCCUCCCCCAACCAGAGCUUCCGCGCCUCAACGCAGUCUCGUCCGCAAGACUCCGCAUCAGUCCCGGCAUCACCGUCAUAUCCGGUCAGGUCAACGCCCCAGACAAUCUCCAAGCCGCCGGUGCCAGAGCAAAAGUCGCUUGCUCCGCCGCCUUUGCCCUCAAAGGCGGACAAGCCUAGAGAAGCCGUAUCAACCGCCGGAUCAGUAGCCAGCAAGAAGCCUUCACCGAAGCAAAAGCCGCAAAAGUCCGGUGUCUCAUCACCAAAGAUGAGCGCCCUGGACGAGCCCGAGGGCAAUGCCGACCGGUCCAUUCUCGACUUUGGCAAGUCCACCGGAAAGGAAUACAAGGCGCCCGAUAUUGUUCUCGACAUCCCCAUCAAGCCGGGCGAUACAAAUAUUUACGUCAACGUCAUGCGCAUGGCCGAGGAGAAGUACGGAUGGGAUGCUCUUCACCCUCGCUUGGCCGAGAAGCGCGACCGCAAGGCCAGAAUCGCCGCUGCAUCAGCUGCCUUGGAGAAGACGGCGUCAGGCCAGGAAUCUGGCGACGAGAUGUCCGAGGACUCAGACAAGGAGGCGAGCAACGUCGAGAUGGGCGGUAUGACUAGCGGCGCCGAGCCCGAGAAGCCCAAGAAGAAGAAGCGCAAUUUCAAGGAGGACGAAUACGACAAGGACGAUGACUUUGUCGACGACUCUGAGCUUCUGUGGGAGCAGCAGGCUGCGGCCAGUCGAGACGGUUUCUUUGUCUACUCUGGACCCCUGGUACAGGAACCGGAGAAGCCAGCUGAUAACCUACGACCUGAUGGCUUGCCCAAGCGCGGUCGUGGCAGCAGAGGAGGCCGCAUCGGCGGCCGUGGCGGAACCACUCGCGGCGAAGGAGGCACUGGCCGCGGCGGCGGUCCCGGUUCCAGAGGCGGGCGUGGAUCUCGCGGCGGUUCCCUCACGCGCAAGCCGCGUAUCACCAAGUCGGAGAAGGAACAACGAGAGCGCGAAAAGGCCGAGAGAGAGCGUCAAGCCGAGCUCAGCAAGGCCGCCAACGGCUACUCGCUUCAGCCCCAGACGCCUUCCUUUGCGGCUGGAAUGGCUGGAGCUUAA